UUGAGUAGAUUAGGUGCUGGCUGCCGGGAGGCCUAGUGUGCUUUAUGGACCAUGUGCUGCUAUAUAUCCUUGAAGUACUUGAAAUGCAAAUUUGGGGAGACUUUGCCAUCUAAAUGCUUGGCUGGAUUAAGCGCCUAAUUAGGAUGGUUUUUCAACAAGCUGGAGUAAGCAUGCAAUCGGUACUUUGGUCUGGGAAGCCAUAUGGUUCAUCUCGAAGUAUUGUAAGGAAAAUUGGGACUAAUUUAUCUCUGAUUCAGUGUCCAAGAGUUCAGUUUCAGCUUACCAGCCAUGAAACAGAACGGAGUCCCGACCACCCAGGAGAGGAUGCAGUGGCAUCUUUUGCAGACAUUGGAUGGGUAGCCAAAGAAGGAGGAGAGUGUUCAACAAGACUGAGGACAGAGGUCAGGUCAAGGCCAACCUUUCAGGAUGACCUUCCCUUCUUAGAGAAGCCCCCAAGCAGGCAGGCUUCCUUACCAAACUUGUCAGGAGAAGAGCCUCAGCAGAAGACUACAACACUGGCGAAUGAAGAAGCACUGCAGAAGAUCUGUGCUCUUGAAAAUGAACUUGCUGCUCUCAGAGCGCAGAUUGCCAAAAUUGUGACCCUGCAAGGGCAGCAACAUCUCAUUGCAGGUCACAUAGAUUCUGCCACAUCGGUUAGCUCCGCACCGCCCCCUCCUCCACCGCCCCCACCCCCGCCCCCGCCCUUCCCUCCACCGGGGCUCCACCAAAGUGCAUCUGCUGUUGACCUGAUUAAAGAGCGAAGAGAGAAAAAAGCCAGUGCUGGGAAGACUUUGGUUAAGAACAAUCCAAAGAAACCUGACAUGCCAAAUAUGCUAGAAAUCCUUAAAGAUAUGAACAAUAUAAAACUUCGGUCAGUAAAGAGGUCAGAACUGGAUGUAAAGCCCAAGCCAGUGGAUGCUGCUGACCCUGCUGCCCUCAUAGCAGAGGCUCUGAAAAAGAAAUUUGCGUACCGCUAUCGAAGCAAUAGCCAAGAUGAAGUUGAAAAAGGAGUUCCAAAGUCUGAAUCAGAGACAGUAUUGUUUGGUCCACAUAUGUUGAAGUCUACUGGAAAAAUGAAGGCUCUAAUUGAAAAUGUACCAAACUCCUAAAGACAGUGAGCUGAGGACUAUCCUGGUUCAGUUAUUGGUUUGUGAGGGCUUAGUCUGGCUAGAAGAAAUCAACACUAUUUAGUAAAUUCCUGAGUUUAGAACUCAGUGGUCUCCUUAUAAACCUAAUUAAGAGGAUUAAGCAAUAAUGAAAGCACUAUAAGUUUGGUUGUGCUUUUAUGAGAUGGUCAGUUCUGGAGCUCUUCAUAAUGUGUGUAUAUUCUGACAUGUUUUUAUUAUGCAGCCAGAGUGUUCUGGUUUCCAGUCUUGAAAACAGUUGUAUAGAUUUCAGAACAUAGGAAGGACAUUUGUGGAUGUUACUGUACAUUUUACAUUCUUAACACUAAUUUAUCUGUACAAACGUUUUAUAUGCAUAUAUUUGGAUUUAGAGCAGUUCAUGUAAAAGUAAGUAAUGGAUGAUGGCAGUGAGGGUACUGUUAUCUUCAUUCGUUUCCAAUGAUCAUUUACUAUUCAUUGAUGGAACAGCUGGUAUAACAUAAGUUGUUGGAAUGAAAUAUUUGAGAUUGGAAUCUUCUUGCCUUGAACAGAACUUAUAUCUUAGAUUCUCUUUCACAUUUUGUUGGAGCUAGGUUUGAGUAGGAACCAGAGGGAUGUUCACUGCUGAAAUUCCACAGUGCUUUCCAUUAAAGGAAAGUUGAGGACCAGAAAAGCUGCUUUCACCUCAAUGCCAUCCAGUGCUAAGGAAUAAAAUAUAGUUUUCAAGUAGUGACAGAUGAAUUAUUGAAUUAAAGUCCUUUUUAAGUAAAAACCAGAAUGUACCAUCUUUUUUUUUUCCAGUUUAAUAAAUGGCGUCAUAAAGGUGACUUGUUGCUAAAUUAAUACUUCUGUAAAUGUCAGCAUGAUGGAGUUUACAAAUUUUCAGUAUUGGUCAAAAUAUUAACUUUAUAAUGAAACGUUAUUGGCUAGGCAAAUGGAUUUCCUAUAAAUUGUUCAUCAUUGGUCAGAAUGCUGUUUUGUUGAAUUAUAUUAUGCAGUAUAAACCUGAGGUGUUAUUAGAAAGUGAAGAACUGCCUUCUCAUCUGGGGCUUCUAAGGAUUUGCUAUAAGUGAUCAUUUUUAAAUGCUUGAUAAGUGCUUGAUAAACUCAGCUCUAGUUAAUGCCAGAAUAUCCUACCAUGAGUAAAUGUUUGGAUUUAUUAUUUAAAUCUACUAAAAGAAAGUUAUACUUCCUGAGAGGAUUAAGAGAUGGGAAGAGUAGACAGACAUGCACUUUUAAGUUAUUGAAAAUACGUGUUGUUCUCCUAAAUAUUAACAAAAACUGUUUGAGGCAGUUAACAUGGUUUGGUGAUUCAGCUUAAAUUUGAACUGUGGUUUAUUUUACCACAUGCACGUGUUGAUGUUCAUUGUUUCUAAUUUUUUUUUAUAUGGUUUGAAAAUUCUACCUUUAAAGAAAUUCAGAAAAUUCGCCUGACUCAUAUUUUGACCUCCUAAGAAUUUUAUAUUUCUAUCAGUAUUCAGUUUUGGCUGGUGCUCCAAUAUAAGGAAGUUACUGUUUUAAAAAUAAAGCAAACUUUUAUUUUCCUUGGA